GUCAUCAAAAAGUUAAACCUUAAAAAUGCUUCCAACCGAGAGAGGAAAGCAGCAGAACAAGAGGCACAGUUGUUAUCCCAGUUGAAACACCCGAAUAUAGUCACCUACCGAGAGUCCUGGCAGGGGGAAGAUGGUCUGUUAUACAUUGUUAUGGGCUUCUGCGAGGGAGGAGAUCUGUAUCACAGACUGAAGGAGCAGAAGGGCAAACUCUUGCCUGAGAAUCAGGUGGUGGAGUGGUUUGUCCAGAUUGCCAUGGCGCUACAGUAUUUACAUGAAAAGCACAUUCUGCACAGAGAUCUUAAAACUCAAAAUGUUUUUCUGACACGAACAAAUAUAAUCAAAGUGGGUGACCUGGGAAUAGCCAGAGUGUUGGAAAACCAAUAUGACAUGGCCAGCACUCUCAUAGGCACGCCGUAUUACAUGAGCCCUGAACUCUUUUCUAACAAACCCUACAACUACAAGUCUGAUGUUUGGGCAUUAGGCUGCUGCGUUUACGAAAUGGCCACGCUGAAACAUGCCUUUAAUGCUAAAGACAUGAACUCUUUGGUGUAUCGAAUUAUUGAAGGAAAGUUGCCACCCAUGCCAAAGGAUUACAGCUCGCAGCUGGUAGAAAUAAUACGAACUAUGCUCAGUAAAAAACCUGAGGAGAGACCUAGUGUAAAGAGAAUACUGCGACAGCCGUAUAUCAAGCACCAAAUUUCUUUGUUUUUGGAAGCCACAAAGGCGAAAGCAGCAAGAAGUCAAAAGAAAACAGUGAAUUCUAAACCUAAAGAUUCAUGUUCUAUGGUCUCAGUAAAGAAUGAAUCUCAUAGCAGGAACGUUGCACACCAAACCCCCUCCUUUGAGCAAGCCAGGAAAUACAAAGUUAAUGAAGGAGAUUGCAUCAUCAAAUAUAAAGACACCAAAUUUUGUCCCUCUGAGAAACCAGCUGUUCAACUGGAAAGAAAACCAAGCAAUAAUGAUUUGAACAACCUAGGAGACUCCUUAGCCACAGUUAGUGAAGUGAAUAUUGAUAUCUUUCCAUCUGAAAAGAUGAAUUAUGGAAGUGAGAAGUGUGUCAGUGAGCAUAUUCCAGAGAAUAAUAAAGCAAAGUAUGUAAAUGUCCCAGGGAAUUCUAAAAUAACAUCCGUUAGCCCACCAGUUAAGGAGGAUGAACUACAGCAAAGGACAAAGCAGACUUUUAAAGCUGAAAAUGUUGAGUCUGAGCAGUCUCCUGCUGAUGCUGUAGAAGAAGAUGGUGACACUUUGAAACUCCUGCAGCCUACAUCAAAAGAUGAAAAGCAAACUAACCUGAGCUUGGAUUCUACUGGAAAGCUGCUAGCACCACUUGUUCCUGUUGUAACUCAAGAUGACGCCUGUCAUGGAGCUUCAGGAGAUGCUCAGGAAAAAAUUACCUCCCACCUGGAGCCUCACAGUUCUGUCAGUGCACCUUCUCUUUCACGGCAGCGACGGCAGAAGAAAAGAGAGCUACCUGAAGUCUGUUCAGAGAAGUUCAGAACAGUUUCUCCUCGGCCUUUACCUUUUCCUUCUGAUGUGAAUGCAAAGACAACAGAGAGUUGUGCAGAGCAGUGUGGUGCUGACGUCUCUGGGUCUGUAAAUAGUGCCAAUACCAGUCAAGCUGAUGUUUCAAAGGAGCGGCCCCUGUCAGCAAGAGAACGAAGGAGGCUGAAACAGUCUCGGGAGAUGUUUCCCUCUGUGACUCCGGCAAGACAAACGUCAAGUAGUGCAGUAGUUGAAGCAAAAUCACGUAUGGAAAAUCAUGUUAAAGUUGCUCAGUCUUCGUCAGAUCCCAGUAUUUCUCAGAGAAAGAGAGAAACCCAUUGCCUGUCUGAUGAUGAGUUAAGCUCUUCCACAAGCUCUACAGAUAAGUCUGAUGGCGAUUCCAAGGAGAGAAAAAGCAGUAUGAAUGAAAUGAAUGACUUGGUGCAGCUAAUGACACAGACACUGAAAAUGGACUCUAAGGAGAACUCUGAAUACUGUGUAACCUCAACUCCAGUCCCAGAGUUUAAACUUCGUAGAAAAUAUCGAGACACUUUGAUUUUGCAUGGCAAAUCACCUGAUGAAGCAGAGGAAUUAAAAUUUGAAGAGAUUUCUUCAGAUGUGUUAGCAGUUCCUGACAAGAUCAGGAGAAUGGUUGAAAUCCUGAGAUCUGACGUGGUGCAAGGAUUGGGAGUGAAGCUUCUUGAGAAAGUAUACAACAUCAUGGAAGAAGAUGAUGAAGUGAAAAGAGAGCUGCAGUUGCGGGAGCAUAUGGGAGACAAGUAUGCAAGUUACAGUACGAAGGCACGCCAUCUGAAAUUUCUUGAAGAAAACAUGAAGUUCUGACCAGAACAGUUUCCUUAGAGGAAAGGACUGUUUUAUAGCUCAUUUGGUAAGAUUGGACCAGCUUACAAAGCACGUUUACCCGUUGACCUCCUUUGCUGGA